AUGGCUCAAGCGACGUCGCCCUUCAUCUUGGGUGUUCCGGCUGAGCCUCUUCGUGUCUACUCCCUGGGCGGUGAGCUGCUGCUGGAGAAGACACCCGCGGCUCUCGAGACGGUGGGGGACCUCAUCCUGGAGCUCAGCGGUCAGCUAAAGGUGGCGCCCUACCGGCUGCAGCUGCAGCUGCUGCAGGGCGGGCGGGAGCCGGCGGGGGCGGGCAUGGAGCCCACCAGGGCUCUGCAGGAGCUGUCGGAGCUACAGCUGCUGGUGGCCCCGGUGGAUCCCAGCCGCGCGGUGACCCGCCCCGGGCGCAUCGUCUCCGUGCGCCGGGCAGAGCAGCGGCUCCUGGAGGUGGCCUUUGAGCCGGGGGGCGCCUGGGAGCGGCUCGACGAGGACGUGCGGGUCCUCCACACGCUGCGCGUACGCGGGGAGCCCCACUUCGACUACGAGAAGGCGAUCGACGUGAUCGACGCGGACGCGGAGCGCGGCAAGGCGGUCUUGGACUUCGCGGAGGGCAAGGUGCUGCCCGCGGCGUUCCGCGAGCUGCUGCUGCACUUCAGCACGAUGCGGCUCGUGACCCGGGUGCAGCGGGGCGAGCGCUUCGCGGGCUUAGCGGAGUCGCCGGCGAAGCCAUGCAACGCUGCAGGCCUGCAGGGGCUCGGAAGGAUGAGCUUUGCUCUGAUUGGCCACUGGCUCAUUGAUUGCCUCAGCAUCGCAUCAGGCAUUUCGGCGCUUGUGCUGGCAAUGCUCUGGCAGUUCUACUUGGAAGCUGCGCUUUUUGCAGCGACAUUGUGGCUCCCCGGGUUUGUUUGGACAUGGCGGAGCCACUGCUACUGCUUUCGCAGGAAGUUUGUGGGUCCAGGGUCGUUUGUCGUACCUCCGCUUUGCUUGAUUGUGUGGUGCUGCGGAGUGGUUUGGCUUUGGGUGCCUCUUGCUCUGAUCCCUGCAGUUUUCGUCUUCGUGGCCUUUCACACUUAUUGGCUGCUUCGGCUCCUCUUGCAAGUGGCAGGUGUAUGCCUUAUCAUACCGGAGGCUUGUCAAUUCCCGAUUCAGAGGCAGGCCUUCGCCUUCUACGAGCUCUACAUGCGUGACACGCGGAUCUGGGGAGACAGCCUUAGGUUGGUGCUGUGCCUGGUUUUGGUUGCUGAUGCCGGGCUGGAAGAGCGUCUGCCACGCACAAACCCUUUGGCCUUGGGAGUCACCGUGGGGAGCAGUUUGCUGGCGCUGGUCUUGUCUUGCUUGCCCUACCGGAGGCACCUGGCCGAGGAUGCCUGGGAGAUCUUCGAUGACGAGAUCAUGGAGCUGGAGGAGGAUUGA